AUCCGAUCAUCUGAAAGCAAGGAACGACCGAACGAACGGUUGAAGUAGGGAACCGCAAGUCCAAUCCGCCGAAGGUCGAAGGGGUUCGCCGUCAGUCCGCCACUGGCCAAGUCGCCAGCAAGGGCCGGGUUCAAGUUCUCUCCACUUCUCCAGCCUGCCACCACGAAGAGACGCCCGACUCCAGCUCCAGCCUCCAGGAGACCAGGACCAUUGCAAUUUGCCAAUUUGCACCAGUCCGAGGUUGUGGCAGUGAUGGUGGAACUAUGGUGGUCUUUACUGGGGGCUGCUAUACCUGCUGCACUGGCAGGUCAAGCGUUGAGGAUGAAGAAGAGACGGGAUGAUGAACAGAGGAUAAAGAGAGCCAGAGGGCGGGAGAAGAGCUCAGAUGAAAUAUUUGUUUGCGAGAGGGUUUGUACGUCAAAAAGGAUGCUGAAGAAAGUAGGCGCAUUUUCAAAGGACCCAACCCUUGAUACAUGUGUUACCGUUUGUGGUGUUUCGGAGCUUGAUGCCUGUGCUGAUGCAUGUGCGCGGACUGUCUGUGUUAAUCAGCAUCAAGUCCCUAAUUGGAACGACGUUUGUCUGAAGAGGUGUCAAAAUGAGUGCCUUAGGCUCUCCAAUUCCUCUUCCCCCUCUUAAUACACCAUUUCAUUUAUUUCUCUCUACUUUUCCUGAAUGAUUAUUGCAUCCUCUAAUCCAACUGAAAGAUGCUUGCUGUUGCUGUUAAAUUUGUGGAUUGUGUAAUAUGGUACCUAGAGUUUUCUUUUUUGAGUUAAAUACUUCGACACAUUUCAUGAUCACUUCUAAAUGAAGUUGUGUGACUAAUAGUCUUCAAAGUUCAGCGAAGAUACUCUACAAGUAUUUCAUAAUGAUCUCGUUAACUUGUUUUUAUUUUUUUGAGGG